AUGGCUGCGAAUUACUGGGAAUCAACUCAGCGGCGGCAUUGGCAAUUUACUCGUCAGCAGCUGGAGGAUAUGCGGAAGAAGUUGGAAGAGGAGGAUCAGAACCUUGUGAAGAUGUACCCUCUGCCCGAAGUCAGGCAUCAAAGCAUAUACUUCAACCAGCAGAUUGCUCGACUGGGAAAGAGACUCAAUGUCCGCCAACAAGCGAUGGUCACAGCGCAGCUAUACAUCCGACGUUUUUAUUUGAAGGUGGAAAUCAGACGGACAAAUCCAUACCUAGUAAUUGCUACUGCGGUAUAUCUAGCAUGCAAGAUGGAGGAAUCUCCCCAUCAUAUCAGGCUUGUAGUCAGCGAGGGCCGGUCACUUUGGCCAGAUUUCUUCAGUAGUGACACUUCCAAACUUGGAGAGUGCGAAUUCUUUCUCAUAUCAGAGAUGAGCUCUCAGAUGAUCAUCCAUCACCCAUACCGGAGCCUCACGUCACUACAAGGCAUCUUUUCUCUCACUCAAGAAGAAUCGGCCCUUGCCUGGUCAAUCAUCAACGAUCACUACAUGACUGACUUGCCACUUCUCUUUGCACCGCACAUAAUUGCGAUCACCUCAAUCCUCCUUGCUCUGGUACUCCGCCCUAACACAACUGGAGUACAGUCUGCAAGUGGUUCUGCCAGCAACAUGGCAAGCGCGGCACAAUCGGCACUUAGUUCAGUAGGCAAUGAAAAGCAAGGCGGAGGACCACGGUCCAAAGUACAAAAGCUUGCAAAUUGGCUUGCUGAGAGCAAUAUCAACAUUGAAAAUAUCGUUGAUUGCACCCAAGAGAUCAUUUCGUUCUAUGAAGUUCAAGAACAAUACAACGAGAAGCUCACAAGAGAGCAAAUCAACCGAUUUGUCAAAGCUCGAGGACUAGACAAGUGA